UGCCAGCGAACGACUUCGACGACAUUCCAACAUCCUACCAUCUCACAAUCAUCUCUUUUAAAAGCUCGACAGCAAAGCACAAUCGCAUAGUCGGCACACGGGAACCGCAUAGAUCGAAAAUCAGGUUUACUUUUUAACCUUUAAUCACACACCCCCGCCAGGCUCGAACAAUGUCUUCAAGUCUCGAGCUCAUCAACCCUCGCGCUGAGAGCGUCAGGCGGACGCAGGCGCUGCAGGUCAACACUGCUGGUGCUGUUGGUCUUGCCAACGUCGUCAAGAGCAACCUUGGUCCUCGCGGUACCAUCAAGAUGCUUGUCGACGGCUCUGGCCAGAUCAAGAUGACCAAGGACGGCAAGGUCCUCCUUUCGGAGAUGCAGAUCCAGAACCCCACCGCCGCCAUGAUCGCGCGUACCGCCGUCGCCCAGGACGAGCAGGUCGGUGACGGUACCACCUCGGUUGUUCUCCUUGUCGGCGAGCUCCUCAAGCAGGCCGACCGCUACAUCUCGGAGGGUGUCCACCCCCGUGUCAUCGGCGAGGGCUUUGACCUCGCGAAGAAGGAGGCUCUUUCGUUCCUCGACUCGUUCAAGCUCAACGUCCCCCUCGACCGCGCCAACCUGAUCCAGGUCGCCCACACCUCGCUCUCGACCAAGCUCCACGCCAAGCUUGCUCAGAAGCUCUCGGCUGACGCUGUCGACGCCGUCCUCGCUAUCCAGCCCCCUGCUCCUCCCGCUGACGCUACUGGCGUUGCUGCCCACCGCGAGCCCAUCGACCUGCACAUGAUCGAGAUUAUGAAGAUGCAGCACCGCACCGACACCGACACCCAGCUCGUCCGCGGUCUCGUCAUGGACCACGGUGCCCGCCACCCUGACAUGCCCAAGCGUGUCGAGAACGCCUACAUCCUUACCCUCAACGUGUCUCUCGAGUACGAGAAGACCGAGGUCAACUCUGGCUUCUUCUACUCGUCUGCCGAGCAGCGCUCCAAGCUCGUCGAGUCGGAGCGCCGUUUCGUUGACGACAAGUUGAGGAAGAUUGUCGAGUUCAAGAACCACGUUUGCGAUGUUGCUGUCGGUUCGGACGAGAAGCCCAAGGGCUUUGUCAUCAUCAACCAGAAGGGUAUCGACCCCAUGUCCCUGGACGUUCUCGCCAAGAACGGCAUCCUCGCUCUCCGUCGCGCCAAGAGGCGAAACAUGGAGCGUCUUCAGCUCGCGUGUGGUGGUAUUGCCCAGAACUCGGUCGACGACCUCACCCCCGAUGUUCUUGGUUGGGCCGGUUUGGUGUACGAGCACACCCUCGGCGAGGAGAAGUACACCUUUGUUGAGGAGGUUGAGAACCCCAAGAGUGUUACCAUGCUCAUCAAGGGCCCCAACGCCCACACCAUGACCCAGAUCCAGGAUGCUCUCCGUGACGGCUUCCGUGCUGUCAAGAACGCCAUUGAGGACAACGCUCUCAUCCCCGGUGCAGGUGCCUUUGAGGUCGCGUGCUCGGCCCACCUCCAGACUGCGCUCAAGUCCAAGGCCAAGGGACGCUCCAAGCUUGGUGUCCUUGCGUUUGCCGAGGCCCUCCUCAUCAUUCCCAAGACGCUGGCUGCCAACGGUGGCUUUGACGUCCAGGACGCCAUUGUCGGACUGCAGCAGGAGGCCGAGGAGACGGACGACCCCGUUGGUCUCGACCUGCGCUCUGGUGAGCCCAUGAACCCCGUUACCGAGGGUGUUUGGGACAACUACCGCGUCAAGAGGCAGAUGCUGCAUUCUAGCUCUGUCAUUGCCGUCAACCUCCUUGGCACUGACGAGAUUCUCCGCGCUGGCCGAUCGUCUUUGAAGCCUGAUGCGCCUGGCCCCUAGAUGUUGACUGGGUGAUGUAUGAUGAAGGGUAGAGGGAGACACCAUUCGAGCCGUAUGCAUUGCACGUAGAGCC